CUGUUCGCAAUGGCCUAAUGUAACAUCUCCGAUAUGUAUAAUAACAAGAAACAUUUUCAUCUCGCAAUAAAAAUGUCCUUCAACAUUCGUUGGAAUCAGUUUAUGUUGAUAAUCAGAAUAAGAAAUUCUUAUCGUUUGAUAAAACUUAUAGCGCUAUAACUCUACGAUUUAUAUGAUAAUUUAGAUAAGUUGAAUUUUACAUGUUGGUAACAUUUUACUAUGUUUUGUAGAAUCACGAUACACAUAUAUCAGGGUAUAUCAUGGCGCAUGUCAAACUGUGCGUCUGCUAUCGCUUCGUCGGUCACCCGUCAUAGAAAAGGGUGUUCUAGAAAUUUUGAAAUGAAACAUAGAAAUUCUUUGCAACGAUAGAUAUUUGUGAUAUAUUCUACAUAUUUACUAUUCGUCAUACAAUAUAUGAAAAAUAUGGCAGAAUCAGCUGGGCCGAUCCUUCAUGUCAUAGUCGUUGGAUUUCAUCAUAAAAAAGGAUGUCAAGUAGAAUACUCUUUUCCGCCUUUAGUGCCUGGUGCACCAAAUGAGUGUCCGCUUGGUUGGAAAUACUUACCAACUUUAGCGUUACCUGAUGGAUCUCAUAAUUAUGACGAAGAUACAGUUUAUUUUCAUUUGCCUAGUCUCAAUGAUCCAAAACGUACCAUAUAUGGUAUUUCUUGUUUUAGACAAAUUCCUGUUGAGAAAUUAAAAAAUCGCACUUCUGAUAUAACUAGAGGAACAGUACAAAAAUCUGUUUGUGUAUUAAGUACUCUGCCACUUUAUGGUCAUAUUCAAGUAAAAAUGGCAUUAAUAACGCAUGCAUAUUUUGAAGAAGGAGAUUUUAGUAAAGUAUCAUUGUUAGAAGAUACUUAUCGUCAUCUUAAUUCUUGUAUGAGCAGUGAAAGUCAAAUACCACCUCAAGUAUUUGUUGGUCUGUCUGCCAGAGAUUUUAUAUUACAAUUUCGCCAUAAAGUACUUCUUUUAUUUAAAUUACUUUUGCUAGAAAAAAGAGUGGUUUUUUACCAAUCUCCUGUACAGCCGUUAUGUGCCACAAUAUUAACUUUACUUUCAUUAUAUCCCAGUAUGAUCGAACAUGGUCUUCAACAAGCAGCUUGUGUCAGACCGUCUAGACCUAUGUCUCCUAUACCGACUUUUGAUGAUGAAAUUGCAUUGAAUAGUGUUGACUCUAAUUUAUCUACUACAAAUGUUAUAAAGGAGAACAUAUCAGAUCUUGCGCAUGAGAAUAUUAAUGAUAAUUCAAAUAGAAAUUCUUUGUGUAUAAAUGAUAAUAAAACUAUUGAAACAAUGGAAGGAAAAUGUAUGGAUGCAUUUGGCAAUAUGACUAUUCAAAAAAAUAAUAAUGAAAAUUUAAAUGGAAAAAUUAUUGAUGUAGAGUCAACACAAGAAUGCACUGAAAAUUAUGAAGAAAAUAAUUCUAAAUAUUCACCUAAAGCGAAUGACAAUGUACACAGAGUGCAUAGCGUCAAUACAAUUACUUUAGGCAUGGGUGAUGCUGAUAAUAGUUUACCACGCGAUACAAGUAAUGAUGCAUUAUCUGAUGCACGAUUGACCAACAAUAUAACUCAAAUAGCACAUAUAAAUCCAGAACAUUGCGGAUUGCCGUUAAGUUUAUUUACUAAGGGAUACCUUUGUCUACCAUAUUUAUCUUUACCAUACUUAGAUCUCUUAGGAGAUAUUAAUGUUAGAGGAUAUGUAGUCGGAGCAACAAAUGUUUUAUUUAAACAAAAAAAGCAACUAAUUGAUGUUCUGGUUGAGUUCAUGUCAUAAUUCAGUGAUAUCCAAAACACGUGCGAUUUUAUUUUGUAUUAUUUAUGGAAGGUUGAAAACACAAGAAUAGAAGCUACCGAUCCAGAAUUGAGAAAACAAUUACAUCUUACUACUGAGGAUCUAA